GCCUUCGUUAUAAUCUCUGUUGUCCAGUGCUUUGGAUCGAAAUGGUUGCGAAAAAGCACACGCUGUUGGAAUCGGAGAGAUACCGCUGCUUGUUUAGUUCUCAAUCGCGUUCCGGAUUAGCCAGUCGAGCUCGUUGGGUUUUUUCAAAUAAUUCGGGUCGAUCGAGCGUUAGCCGCACUACUUGAUUGUGUUAUACAAACUGCGUGUGUGCCCUGCGAACCGGGCCAAUAUGUUCUCAAUCUCAAGAUACUUUCGACUGUCCUUUCUUACGCAGCUGGCUUGCAUCGUGAUCUGCGUGGCUCUGACGGACUACGGCGAGGCCAGGAGUAUUGGGGAUGAGUCGAAUGAAAACGCGAUUACAGAUGAGACGGCCGAUUACCUUCGAACCCAUGGCGCGAUGAUGAAGUCCUACAUGAACUUAAGCGUCGAUCCGUGCGAUGACUUCUAUGAGUAUGCGUGCGGCAACUGGAAGAACGUGAAACCUCCGCGGCAAUCCACCCAUAGGCGGAACAAUCUCAUGGACAUCAACUACAGGCUGACGGAAGUGACGGAGCAGCUGCUGGCCAGGACACAAUUGGCGGAGGCACUGAACGUGUCCUCCGAGCUGCUCGUUGCACAACGCUUCUACAAUGCCUGCUUGGCGGCCGAGUUAUUUCCGCAAGCAGCUGCCGAUCCCGCUUAUCUAUCGCUUAUCAGGUCGUUUGGUGGGUUCCCCGCCGUCGACAGAGACGCUUGGAACGCCUCCAGCUUCAGUUGGUUCAACAUGAGCGCCCAUCUCACCAACUACGGCGCCCGUGGUCUGAUCUCGCAAGAUAUUCUUCCGCAGCAUCCCUUCAAUCCGUACUUCAAACUUCCGGAGCUGGGCUUCGACCACAUCGUCCGCACCGCCCACGUUGCCAAUACGAGCUCGCGGGCCUACAAGCUGAACGAGAAUCGAAUGCGCGGGUAUCUGAAGGCCUACAAUCUCACAGAAGAUGAAAUCUCCGCCGUCAUCGAUGGCGUCUUUGCAUUUUGGAGAGAGGCGCUUAGUAUUGAGGAUAAGUUUAAAGGCGAUACGGAUAAGUGCGAUGAGCUCAGUAAGAUUAAUGAGGUGCCACAAUUUGACCAAUGGAGAAGCUACUAUGAGAUAGCCUGGAAUGGUAUAGACUUCUACAAUGGCACGUCUGUUGAAGAAUUCUGCGACUUUUACUAUGUGGAGCUUGAUAAGGUGUGCGCCAAGCAUACGGAGGCGGUGGCCAACUAUCUCGCCAUGCUGCUCCUCUACCGAAUGGACGACAAGCUGAAGGAGCCCAAGCAUCCCAAGGACCACAAGGAUAACUGUGUGAUGAUCCUCCAGUUUACGCUGGCACAUCUCUUCAACAGGCUCUACAUGGCGGAGCACUUCACCGACGAGAAACACUCCGAGAUCUCGGACAUAGUGAUGGAGAUGCGAAAGACCCAGCGACACAUCCUCGAGAAUGUGAAGUGGCUGGACACGGAAACGCGGGCAGAGGCUCUGACCAAGGAGUCCGUCAUAACGCCAGUGAUUGGCAACUACAAAAACGAAGAGCUAUCUGACAUUCUGAUCCGCCAGAUCAAUAAUUUGACCAUUGUGGAAGGGAACUAUGCCCAGAGUUUGAUCAAUCUGCGAGUAUUGGGCACGUAUCUUCAACACUACAGUGGCCUCCACGCGGAGAGCCUGCCCAAGGACACGAAGCCGUUGAGACUGCUGAUCGGGAUGCAGGUGAACGCCUUCUACUACAACCUGGAUAACACGGUCUACGCGAUGGCGGGUAUCUUGCAUCCGCCUGCGUACCACCGCUCUUGGCCCGACUCCUUGAAGUUUGGCACUAUUGGUUACCUGUUAGGUCACGAGCUGACCCAUGGCUUCGAUACGGGAGGCUCCAAUUUCGACAGCACAGGUGAGAUACGCGACUGGUGGUCCAGAAAGUCGAAGGCGGUGUUCCAGGAACGUGCGCAGUGCUAUGUGGAUCACUUCAAUCAAUACAUGAUACCGGAAAUUAACCAGACGAUUCGCGGCAACGAAACGAUGGACGAGAACAUAGCGGACGCCGGUGGGUUGAGGAGUGCACUCGCUGCCUAUCGUAGCCACAUGAAGCACCUCCAAAGGAGUGGGGAGGACAACGAAACGUAUGCCCCCAAGAACGACCAGAUUCCCGGCCUUGAUCUCUCGCCAGAGCAGCUCUUCUUCGUGGGAUUCGCGCAGCUGUGGUGCGCCGAGUACCAGCCGGAGCACUACUGGGAGGAGCUCACUGACGCACACACCAUCGAUAAGUACCGGGUGCUAGGAGCGGUUUCCAACAACGACGACUUUGCUGAGGUCUACAAGUGUCCCGUGGGCAGUCCCAUGCAUCCAAAGGCUGAGAGUUGUCAGAUCUGGUAACCAGAGGACACAUCAACAAAACGGUGUAAAAUACUCUAGGUGUUGCACUACAUUAAAAAAUAAAUCAUUGAAAAUAAUCCGGUUUGACGGUAUAGUUUUAAAAGUUGUGUUAUCUUGAAGAUGUAUUGCAAUGUUUUGCAGGUUUGCUCCUUACUUAAACUCACUCGAAUACAUCCAUUUACGCUUAA